AUGUGGUGGUUCCUCACAGUUUCCCUGCUGACCCUGCUGUACUACACCUGGCAGAAGCUGGGGAGCCUGGGUAAGAAAUAUCCCAUAUGUCUGCCUCAUCUGCCAAUCCUGGGGAGUCUUCCAUAUAUGAACUCCCAUGACCCAGCACACAUCUACUUCACCAAGCUUAAGGAGAGGUAUGGCUAUAUCUUUGCCUUUUGGCUGGGCCCUCAGUACUCUGUGGUAGUGAACCAUUUCUCACCUGCCAAAGAAGUGCUUCUCAAGAAGGGCAAGGACUUUGCCAGCCGCCCCCGAAUGGUAACCACAGACAUCCUGAGCGGCUCUGGCAAGGGGAUCGCCUUCAGCGAGUACGGUCCCCAGUGGCGGAUGUAUCGCAAGCUGGUUCAGUCGUCCUUCUCCUUGUUUAAAGAUGGCUCCCAGAAAUUUGAAAAGAUCAUCUGCCAAGAGGCCAACACUCUGUGUAAAUCCCUGGCUGCCACUCAGGGACGGAUCCAGGACCCCGCUGCAGACAUUUUUCUGGCCUCUGCCAAUGUGAUCUGCCAGUUUUGCUUCAGCAGCUCCUGGAAUAAAGACGAUGAGGACUUCGAGAUCAUGAUAGACUACAGUAAUAACAUCAUCAAAACUCUGGGCAAAGACAGCCUAGUUGACAUCUUUCCCUGGAUUCAGGCAAGAGCGAUAGGACCUUGCUCUGUAGUAGAAAAAGUCCCAGGGAGAAGA